AUGGUGGUGGUUUCAUAAGGAGGAAGAAAGCGACUGAAGCAGCGAGCUCCUCACACUCUUCAACGGAUUUUAUUUAUUGUCUCCCCGCAAAAAUGUGUACGCCGUGUUGUGUCUCGCAGCUGGCCUGCUGCUGCGGAUCAGCGGCCUGCUCGUGCUGCUGUGGCAGCUGCCCCCAGAUCAAGCAGUCCACAGGGACCCGAAUCAUGUACGCCCUCUACUUCGUGCUGGUCACCGUCGUCUGUGUCAUCAUGAUGUCCCCCACUGUGGAGGAGCAGUUGAAAAAAAAUAUCCCCUUCUACAAUGAGUUGUGUGAGAGGAUUAAUGCAGGGGAGAACUGCAGAACUCUGGUUGGCUACUCUGCUGUCUACAAGGUGUGCUUCGGCAUGUCCUGCUUCUUCUUACUGUUCGCUUUCUUCACCAUACGCAUCAACAACAGCACAGGCUGGAGGGCGGUCGUGCAUAACGGGUUCUGGUUGCCGAAGUUUAUUGUGCUGGUGGGAUGCUGCGCUGGAGCCUUCUUCAUCCCGGAAGAGGAAACUUUUCUGGAAGUGUGGCGCUACAUAGGAGCAGGUGGCGGGUUCAUUUUCCUGCUGAUCCAGCUCAAGCUGUUGGUGGAGUUCGCACACAGAUGGAACACAAACUGGAGUUCAGGACUGAAAUAUAAUACUAUGUGGUACGCAGCUUUGGCCUUCGUAACUCUGAUGCUGUUCAGUGGUGCGGUGGCGGCCUUGGUCUUCAUGGGCGUGUUCUACACCGACGCCGAGGCCUGUUUAUAUAACAAGAUCUUCCUGGGCAUCAACGGCAGCCUGUGCCUCAUUAUCUCCCUGUUGGCCAUCUCCCCAUGCGUACAGAAACUGCAGCCCACAUCAGGCCUGCUGCAGCCAGGAGUCAUCAGUCUGUAUGUCAUGUACCUCACCUUCUCAGCCUUCUCCAGCAAACCAAAAGAAACGGUGGAAAGAGAUGGUGUGAACACCACCGUUUGUAUGUUUUCCUUCAACUCUGACACUGAGAGCGACAAGCAGAUUGUGACCGGUUUUGGAACCAUUAUCCUUUUUGGCUGCAUCCUUUACUCUUGCCUGACGUCCACCACCAGGCGAAGCUCUGCAGCGCUCAGAGUGUGUAGGAACAGUGAGCCAGAGAUUGAGAGAGCUCGCUGCUGUUUCUGUUUUGGAGAUGACACAGAUGACGGUGAGGAGAACAACACUCGUGGAGGCCAAAACGUGAUGUAUGAUGAGAGAGAAGGAACCAUCUACAGCUACGCCUACUUCCAUUCUGUCUUCUUCCUGGGAUCCCUGUACGUCAUGAUGACCGUCACCAACUGGUUCCAUUUUGAUGGCCAUAAGAUUGAGAAGCUGUUAGACGGGAGCUGGUCAGUGUUCUGGAUCAAGAUGGUCUCCUGCUGGGUCUGUCUCAUCCUCUACAUGUGGACUCUCUUCGCUCCCAUGGUCUGCCCAAAGCGCUUUGAGGCCUAAGAGCCCCACCACUAAACUGGAGUCGGGCUAGUUGGGACGUGGCCAGGCAGACGCUCUCAAGCUGAGCCAAGGGACAACCACCCCUCCCUCUUACCUUGAAACACAAACCCCACGCUACCCUCAGCGUUGAAAAUGGAGGAUUAUCUGUUGCCUUUUGUUAUAUAUGCUAAUGUUUUACUUUGUUUUACAAUGUUGAUACCUUGAUGGUAAAUGUAUCUUUUACUACCAGUUUACUCAUGGAGUUUUGUAUUGCUUAUAGAUUUGAAAUUACAUAAAGAAUCAUGGGAGUUAAAUUACAUUGUGAAACACGAGUAUCAUCCAGCCCCUAUAGAUUCCUUCAUAAUUUCAGAUUUGAAAGUGUAUUUUGUAAAUAUUACCUGUGUUUUUGUUUUUUUUCUCGCUUUUGCUCUCAGCCAGACAUUUCAGUUCUGUUCAGUUGGACCAUAAAGUUGUAGCAAAGUUUUGGGACAAAUGUAUUUCAGGUUAGAGAUGUUACAAGAGAAAAUGUAUUUAUUUACGUGUGUCUUAAGUAAUCAGAAAUCAUUUUGUGAAGGAAUGUGGUGGGAAUUGAAAUGGAUUUGUCCCUGGCUCUGUUUAAGAACUCAUCUCUCAGGCUCACAUCUAAGCGGUGUAUGUU